CCUUCCUUCUUUUCUUUUCUUUUAUAUAUAUUUAUAUAUAUAUUCUAAAAAAAAAAAACUCCAAAAUCUUUAUUUCCACUUAUAAAAUCUCAAACUCUUUUAUAACCAUAAAAAAGCAACAACACCAACAUCAGCAAGAAUAACAAUAAUGGCUUCCAGACAACCUCAGCAGCAAAACCAAGCACAAGGAAAAGUUUAUCAAUUCAAGCUUGUCUUAUUAGGCGAGUCGGCCGUUGGAAAAUCUAGUUUGGUCAUGCGCUUUGUAAAGGACCAUUUUGAUGAAUACAGAGAGAGUACCAUUGGAGCUGCAUUCCUUGCAAGAUCUGUCCAGCUGGAAGAUGAUGUGACGGUGAAGUUUGAGAUUUGGGAUACAGCUGGUCAGGAGAGAUACAAGAGUUUGGCUCCAAUGUAUUAUCGUAAUGCAAACUGCGCCGUCGUCGUCUACGAUAUUACACAACCAUCUUCUCUUGAGAAAGCCAAAGCUUGGGUAAACGAACUUCAGAGACAAGCUGACCCCAAUAUCGUGAUUGCAUUGGCAGGUAACAAAUCUGAUCUCGAGGCACGACGAGCCGUCCCCACACAAACUGCUAAAGAGUAUGCCGAGGAAAGUGGACUGUUGUUCUUUGAGACAUCUGCCAAGACAGAUACCAACGUCACCAAAUUAUUUGAUGAAAUAGCUAAACUGAUGCCCCGUGACCAGUUGGCAGAUAGUUCGCGUGGUAGAAAUAAAGGAUUGAAUGUGCGCGGAGGUGUGGAUUUGGAUCACCAAGCAAAUGCCAACGGCUGUGCCUGUUAAAUAAGCAUAUAUUUUUUUAUAUAUAUAUUCUGAAUUAUGCAUACAUGUAUUGUUAUUCAACCAACCCAGACAAGCCAACCAACGAACGUAAAACAGCGACAUAUACAACAACCCCUCCUCCUCUACCUCCUCCUCAUCUUAUCUUCCCUAUCCCCCUCUUUGUCUCUCUUCAGAAGUCAUCAUUUUAUUUUCGCUCCCUCUAGCCUUAUCUCACCCUAGCUUCCCCCCCUUUUCUUCUUCUUCUUCCUAAACAAUGAUCUCCCUUCUUAUAGUUUAUUUUUAUUUUAUUCUUUGUUAUCACCCUGCCAGUUCAAUCUUUAUUUCACACUCACAAAAAAAAACUGUACUUUCCUCCAACUAAAGUUAUCAAUUUUUUUAUAUACUAAAAAAAAAAGAAUUACCCCCCC